AUGACGAGAAGAUACCAAGAGAAUGAAACUGCAGAGAUUGCAUCUCGUGACUCCCCCGGUAGUGGCAGCAGCAGUAACAGCAACACCGGCGCCGGCAAUGGCGCUGGCAGCAGCAGUGGGAGUGGUGGUCAAAGCAAAUAUCCGGUGCUGGUAUUUGUUCAUGGUGAAUCCUACGAAUGGAAUAGCGGUAAUCCGUACGAUGGUUCUGUGUUGGCAAGCUUCGGGCAAAUACUUGUAGUUACAAUAAACUAUCGGCUGGGCAUAUUGGGCUUCCUAAACGCAAACACCGAUCGCUACUCAAAACUGCCAGCCAACUAUGGCCUAAUGGAUAUUAUUGCAGCGCUGCACUGGCUAAAGGAGAAUAUCGCUGCCUUCGGUGGUGAUCCGCAAAGUAUUACACUAGCCGGUCAUGGCACGGGAGCAGCGUGUGUGCAUUUUCUUAUUUCAUCGCUGGCAGUGCCGGAAGGCCUGCUUUUCAACCGCGCCAUACUCAUGUCCGGCUCCGGAUUGGCGCCUUGGUCUCUAGUCAGCAAUCCCGCCAAGUAUGCAGCCAUCGUUGCGCAUCAUGUGAAUUGUGCGCCCGACUUGCCGCAUGCACAUCUCAUGAAAUGUCUGCGCGACAAGACGCUGGAGCAGCUGCUGGGUGUGCCCAUACGUCAGCCAGAUUUCGGUUUCGCCUUUGGGCCAAGCAUUGAUGGCGUAGUAAUUGAUGGUGGCGACUAUGUGCCGCCAGCACCUGGCUCGGCAGCUGCACAAGCCCAAGCCUCUACAGCUGCGGUCGGUAGCCUGGGUGGCGGUGCAGGCAUUGCAGCAGCGGGUGGCUGGGGUACGCCAGGCCAAUUGGAAAAUAUCGUAUUAAUGAGGAAAACAGCCAUUAACAAGUUGUCAAGAUAUGACCUGUUGGCCGGUGUCACACGUGCCGAAGCAUUUUUCUCCUUCAAUUCCGGCGAUGUACAAUAUGGCAUUGAGGCGGAUCGUCGUUCGAAAAUACUAAAAGCCUAUGUACGAAAUACAUACACGUAUCAUCUCAACGAAAUAUUCGCGACGAUUGUUAAUGAGUACACGGAUUGGGAGCGACCCGUACAGCAUCCAAUUAAUAUACGUGAUGAAACCCUUGAGGCGCUUAGUGAUGCUCAGGUCGUGGCACCGGCUGCUCAAACUGUCGACCUACACUCAGCGGAUCAUCGCAAUUCAUAUUUGUACGUAUUUGACUAUCAGACAAGAUAUGGAGAUUAUCCGCAGCGCCAAGGCUGUAUACAUGGCGAGGAUCUACCUUACAUCUUCGGUGCUCCACUGGUUGGUGGCUUUAGCCAUUUUACACGCAAUUAUACAAAAACGGAGAUUAAUCUUUCGGAAAUCGUCAUGCUUUACUGGUCCAAUUUCGUGCGUACUGGUAAUCCGAAUGAGCAGAUGGAAGGCGAUCAUCCUAAUAGUCGACAAGAGCGCAGCCGCUACAAGACGAUCGAGUGGACAGCGUAUGAAAGCGUGCACAAAAAAUAUCUGAAUUUUGACACAAAACCGAAACUGAAGAAUCACUAUCGCGCUCACCGCUUAUCCUUCUGGUUAAAUCUCAUUCCCGACCUGCACAAGCCAGGUGGCGAUAACGUGCCCGCCGCCCAUCAUCAGCUACUCGACGAUUCGGAUGAUGAAGUGGACAAUAAUAUUGCCAGUGACGGAACCAUUAAACCACUUAAUCCACCCUAUUCACCGCAUGCAGGCAGCUCAGCGCUUGGUAAUUUUACAUUAUUUACUAAUCAAGUAUUCUCGCUGCUCAAUCUCUCGUCGCCCUCUUCAGCACGCAACGCCUCGCGUUAUGGCGGAAAAAUAUAUCCCGGCGAUGAGGGUAGUGAAGCGCAUGCCGCCGGCAGUGGAGCGCCACCUGACACGCAGGAUGGCUUUGCCGCAUACUCAACAGCAUUGAGUGUCACAAUAGCCAUUGGCUGUUCCCUGCUGAUACUGAACGUACUCAUAUUCGCUGGUGUUUACUAUCAACGCGACAAGACGCGACUCAGUGAACCGCGCGCGCAAACAAAACUCAAACGGCAGGAAAAUGGGCAAAUGCCAAAUAAUAUUUGCGGUGAUCUAGAGACGUUAACGAUACACACGAAAAGUGAUCCGGCGACGAUACUCUCGCAUCAUCAUGCACUACAACAUCAACACCAGCUGCCGCCACCUGAAUUUGCGGAUAUACCACAUCGCGCACCACCACCACCGAAACAUUUAAAGUCGCUGCAAGAGGCGAGUGGCAGCUUGAAUGUGGGUGGCGCGCUUAAUGUGGCGAGCAGUGCAGUGGGUGGGGGAGGGAUUAUAGGAGCUGGCAUGAGUGGUGGAAAUGGUACGGGGAGCGGAAGUAUGGGUGGUGCAAGUGGCCAAGGAGGUAGCGGGACUGGUGGCAGUGGCAGUGGUGGCGGUGCUGGUAAUAUGAUGGGUCUUAUGCCGCCUCCACAUGCGCUUCAAGUGAUGGGCAAUCAAUGUGGCACACUAACAAAAAAGAGUUGUAUGAAACAAACGCAGCAACAACAACAACAGCAGCAGCAUCAACAGCAACAGCAACAGCAACAACUAGUCGUAACGCACCAACAGCAUUUGCAGAAUCAUCAUAAUCAGAGUAUGACGACGGCGUUAAUGGGUGGUGGUAGUGGUGGUGGUCCGCCGCCCCCAUCAGUAUCUAACGCACAGGCACAUCAACAUGCCCAUGCCCAACAACAGCACCAUCAACAACGACAGCAACAACAACAAGUACAGCUGCAACAAACGCAGCAACAUCCGCUAAUGGAUGAAUUGCGAGUGUGACAUUAAUUGACAGUGCGUUUCAAAUGUGAUCUCUAGCGGUGAUGAAAUGAUUGUGAUUGUGAUGUGAAGUGAAGUGGAAACGGAUUACACACAAAUGGCACAUGCUUGUCUGAUAUUCGACUACGUAUGUAAGUGUGAAUGUGUGUAUGUGUGAGUGUGUGACUGUUGCAUGAAUGUGUUUAAUUGAAUGUGAAUAGUUUCCAUUGUUUCGGCGCAAGCGACACGACGGCCUUGGUUUUUCAUGGAUGUUACGUAUACGCCAUGCAGAACCCAGCGCUUUAUA